AUGAACAUGAUGCGCAAGAAGACGCAGUAUGUGCAAAUCACACCAAUACCGUCGUUCAUACCGCGCCAGCUCGCAAUCGACUUCCUCCACAGCCACGGCGAGAUCAUCGAGCUGAACCCCCUCGUCACCGGCCACGAGCCCAUCAAAGCACCGCGCGACGCUCCCGCAGACGAAUACUACUCAACAUGGUACGAGAUAUCGCAGCGCAUACAGUACAUACCCGGCAUUGGCAAGAUGGGCAGCGGCGCAAUCAAGUUCCGCGGUGUCUUCCACGACCUGCCGUUUGGGCUCCAGACACACACCUACGCGCCUGCGAAUGUCGACCUGCGCCAGAAGUGGCAUAUUGGCGGCAACCAGAUUGGCGAGCCACCUGAGCCGAAAGAGCUGGGCUCUUCUGCGCCACCAGAGGGCCUUUACAUUCGCCAGGAUGUAGAGAUCAAAUGCAACGUCGCCAUGAUGAACUUUGUAAAGAAGGAAAUGAAGGCAGCUUGCACGAUCAUGAUCGAGCGGUUGGUCAAGAAGGCGGAGCUGCUAGACUCGGGCGCACUCCAGGCGAUGAUGGAGAAUGGGCGCAUGAAGACGGUCAACCCAGCUGAUCGCUCUACUUACGGUCACACGCCACCACAACCAUCGCCGACCCAACCCUACCAGAUGCCCAUGUCACCGCACAGGCAAAGCCAACAAUGGGCGCAGCCCGCGCAGCAGCCCGGCCCUCCUGUCCCACCAAAGCAGCUCCUAGGCACGAAUGACGUUGUCAUGGAACUACCGGGCGACUUCUACCACCCUCAACCGUCUCCAUCCCACCUCUCCCCUCACGAUAACCGCGCGUCCUCUGCCUCCGAGCCAUCGCAAUACUCGCCAAACCCGCAAGAUGCACGCUGGUCGACCGCAUCGCACAGCACCGCCAGCUCACGCCCCAGCUCGUAUGCGCCAUCAGAGGGCAUGAAAUCGCCAGGGCUAGAACAAAAGGCAUUCGCAGCCGAGCUGCCAACGAUGGAAGAGACAAAGGAAGAGCACAACAGCCACCAGAGGCGGCCAAGCGGCCAGCAGGGCCAACAGGCAUAUGCAUACAACCCACAGGACUACGCGCGGGCGCCCGGGCAACAGCAGUAUGCCAACCCGCCCUACCCGGUAUAUGGGCCACGGUAA